ACAUGGUGCCGGCAGCCCCAAACAAAUGAGAUCUGAUUCUCUCCCGGCCGCGCUGAGUCACGGAAUCCCCGAGCGCCGGAGCCACCGGCCCCGAGCCCCGGAGCCACGGCCGGGACACUCGGGAGGGUCCCGGGGGUCCCCACCGGGCACAGCCAAGCUCUGAAGGACCCCAAACCUUCACCUGGAAGGAGCCGAUGCGAUGGAGGGGGAUCAGCCCCACCUGAGCUCAGACCUGACCACCCCCUACCUGAGGAAGGCUCCCACCCCCCCUGGCCAUGAGGGCGCCGACACCGCCGUCAUCGCAGUGGUGAUCACCCUGGUGUUCCUCACCUUGCUGACGGUGCUGGUGGUGAUCGGGAUUUACCUGUACCGGAACCAGGGCUCCUACCGCACCUACGAGCAGCCGGAGCCGGACGCGGCCCCGAGGGAGGAGGCUCCGGCCAAGGAGAAGGAGGAAUAUUUCAUCUAAGGACGCACCUGGGAUCCGCAUAUGUCCCGAAAUUCCCUGGAGCUGGGGGUCUACAUAAAUUUUUUCAGGAGUUAGGAUGCUACCGGAAUUCCCUGGCAUCGGGGAUCUGCCCGAGUUUUCUGGAGUUGGGGAUCCACCUAAAUAUCCCGGAUUUGGGGAAUUUCUUGGAGCUGGGAGAUCUUAAGUUGGGAAUCUGCCUGAAUUCCCUGGAGUUGGGGCUCUACCCGAAUUUCCUGGCACUGGGGUUCUGCCUAAAUUCCCUGGAUUUGAGGAUCCAUCUAAAUUUGAAACCUGCCUAAAGUCCCUGAGAUUGAGGUUCUGCCUAAAUAUCCUGGAGCUGGGAUCUGCCUGAUUCUCCUGGAGUUUGUGAUCUACCUAAAUUCCCUGGACCUGGGGUUCUGCCUAAAGUUGAGGAUCUACCGGCUGAUUUUGCUUGGUUUGUUGCUUUUUUUUUUUUCCUUAAUUUAUGAAGCUAACCAUGGAAGGAAUAUGUGGGUGCCUGAGGGCAGGAAAAACCCCAAAU